CCUCGCCGGUGCAGUGGCCAAGUGUGUGGACAGCUCUCGAAGCGGCAACAACUCAACAUGAAACUCUUCAUCGCGCUCUCCGUCCUGGUGGCUGUGGCAUCGGCCCUGCCUCAGUUUGGCGGCGGCAACGCCAACGCUAAUGCCAAUGCCAAUGCCAACGCUCAAGGCGGCGGCGGAUUUGGAGGACGUCCCGGUGGCUUCGGCGGCGGCCCUGGAUUCGGAGGUGGCGGCUUUGGAGGUGGCCCAGGAUUCGGAGGUGGCCCUGGAUUCGGAGGUGGCGGAUUUAAUCGCGGCCCUGGCGGCUUCGGUGGCGGCGGCUUCGGUGGUCGUCCAGGUGGCGGAUUCGGCGGUGGUCCAGGUGGCGGAUUCGGCGGUGGUCCAGGAUUCGGAGCCGGCGGCUUUGGAGGUCGUCCAGGAGGCGGUUUCGGCGGCGGUGGCGGCGGCGGCUCGUCCAGUGCCUCGGCAUCCUCCUCGGCUUCGGCUGCUGGUGGUGGUGGACGAGGUGGCGGAUCCGCUUCCGCAACUUCUUCUGCCUCUGCUGCUUCGGGAGGCGGCGGAUUCCGCGGUUAAACCAAGUUAAAAUUAAUUAAGCGAUAAGAAAUGACUGUGAAUAAAAAAUUAAUAAAUUAAAAUCAAAAUA